GUCGAGUUAUGCGCACGUUGAUUCUCAAAUCAAAUCGUGUAGAAAUUCUCACGAACUAUCAAUAAGCUCUCUCUCUGUCUCGUGGAUAUCAAGUACCCAACAGUGUUGUGAUUUUGUGUGUCGUGUUUUCUAUAAUUUUAUGGUCAAGUUGUUAAGUGUUCAUGGUAAAUUUAAGUACCGAGGACGUCCGACCGCCGCCACAGCUUAUUGAGCACAGCAACCGCUAAUGUUGGUGAGGCCGGCGCCGAUGACGCGACCAUGCGCGAGGAGGAGCUGGAGGUGGCGCUGAAGGUGGUGAUCGUGGGCGACGGCGGCGUCGGGAAGUCCAGCAUGAUCCAGCGAUACUGCCGGGGCACAUUCACGCGUGACUACAAGAAGACCAUCGGCGUAGACUUCCUCGAGCGGCAGAUAGAAAUUGAUGGUGAAGACGUCCGGCUGAUGCUGUGGGACACGGCCGGCCAGGAGGAGUUCGACGCCAUCACUAAGGCGUACUACCGCGGCGCGCACGCGUGCGUACUGGCAUUCUCCACCACGGAUCGGGACUCCUUCCUGGCACUGCACUCGUGGAAGCUGAAGGUAGAAAACGAAUGUGGCGAGAUCCCGACAAUAAUAGUUCAAAAUAAAAUUGAUCUCAUGGAUCAAUGCGUCGUUGGACCUGACGAAGCGGAGCUGGUGGCGCGUGCCCUCGGAUGCCGACUGAUGCGCGCCUCAGUAAAGGAGGACGUGAACGUGGGCGCCGUGUUCCGAGCGUUGGCCGCGCGCUGCCUGGCCGACCUGCGCCGCGCCGACGCCGCUGACGCCGCGCAGCCGCCCUGCGUAUCACCGGUCAUAGGUACAUUUACGAACCACAACAGCAACGGCACUAUUCUACUGCGGCCGCCAAAGCACCGGCCUGGCAAGAAGAAGAACGUAUUGAGGAACGCUUGCAGAAUACUGUGAUCGUUGAUGUUUAUCACACGUAACACUUUAAUUACACGACAGCCAAAAAAAGGACUGUAAUAUUUUUGUAAAGGUGUUCACAUAAAAACACUAUUGUGACAUAGGUGUCAUAGAAGAGGAUUUCACGCCGA